AUGGCGCGCGGAGACAGUGCCCGAGGGCGACGAUGCGUCUGCUUGCUCGUCUUCACGCUGCUUUGCGCGCUGCGGGCGUCAGUGACGGCCGACUCCGCGGUGCUGACGGACCCGGCCACGGGGGAGGUGGUCUUGCUGACGCCCGGCAAGAUGCACUCCUCCGUGGCCUCUCGCUCCCCCGUUGUGGGGCUCUGGCCACACGGGGACGGCCGCGACGACGACACCGCCUUCUUCAGGGCCGAGGAUGACGCCUACGAGCAGUGGGUGGCGCGGAAGAGGCAGCGGGAGCGGGAGCAGCAGCGGCGACACGGAACGGGCGGCGGGGGGAAAGGGGGGGAGGCUACGAAAGGGACGCAGAGUAACUCCAAAAAGACGCGCAAGUCAAGAUUGGAGAGGUUUUCAGCAGAGGCUGUGAGGACUCGUAAUGCCGCCCGUCGUCAGCGCCUCAAGGAGCUCACGAACACCUCCCUGUUUGAACUUGCAUGGAAUGAAAUCCGUGCCGAUACGGAUCUUCUGAAAGACUUCGUCUAUGAGGCCUCAUCCUUUGCUCCUCAAGAAGUUCCUGGAGCCACUCCCGAGGAGCAGUACUCUCACCUUCUGAAAACCGUGUUUAGACACACCUUGCGGAACAUGACGCAGGAAAAGAGGAGUGUUUGGAUCGAAAACUGGUUGUAUGCCCUUCCUUACCCGAUGCUCCUCGAUGGGAGAACUGUGGGAAACGCUGAGCGGGAGGUGCGCAACAUCAAGGAAUAUAUGAGUCGGGUGGAUUCAGCACAGCGCACGGCAAAUGUGACAGAGAAUGAUGUUGGGAAUGUUAAUUAUACCAAGCAACUGAUUAGGGAGAAUCUUUGCGGCUCUGCAGAGAUGCUUAAUGCGAGUAGAGCGGCACACAGGAUGGUUAUUGAGCUUGCGCUUCCGCUGCUCCCGCACUUUCGCCAGAGUGUCACCACUCAGCUGCGGGAUGUCAAUGCCCAGAUCGUUGGAAACGACGAGUCGACGGCCCUCUUGCGUCAGCAGUUGAAGGAGUGGACAAGGCGUAAGAGUAACCUCAAGGCUUCUAAUGAAAAAGUGACAAGGGUUGAAUCUGAAUUACGUCGCGCUGUGUACGGCAAGACCCUUCUUCCGGAGGACGCCUUUAUUUUCUCCCUUGCUCUGAUUGCCAAGUUGCGUCUGGGGCAGAACACGGGCAUGGAAUCUGUGGACGUGGCAACCGACCUUGGAACAUGUGUCUCGCUCACCGCGGCUCAGGAGGCGGAGCUGAAAGCGGCCCUCUACCGCCCGUUUGGGAUAGGCCUUCUGGCCGUGGCCACUCUGAGCUGGGCACUGUUAGGAUCACGCGAGUUCUGGUUGAAGCGAGUGCGGCGGUCUUUGUUUUCUCUGCAACGCACAACUGAGGUGAGCGGCCACUCGCGUGGGAAAUUUUCUCUUGUGCGCCUCUGCCUCCGAGUAAACUUGCUGAUUGAGGCAUGUGUCCCGUUGAUAGUCCCAACCUUUUCCCUGUACGCCGCGCUUAACCGCAAAAACGAGGGGCCCUCUCUCUAUCACGUCUUUCUAUUUUCGCGCCCAGCACAACGGCUGAUGUUGGCGGGCGUCGUUGUUGUGUUGUACCUCCUGAGUCUCAUGGUGUUCUCCUUGAUGGGUGCACUGUAUAACUGUUCCUCCACCACCACGCCACGGCGGAAGCUUAAAAAGCCUUGA